AUGCAUUUCACCAAAUUCUAUGUUGCCAUUUCAUUGAUCUCUUCCGCUAUCGCACUGCCCAUUUCUGGCGCAUCAAUAGCGAGAAGAGCACUGCAAUUCCGCGAAUAUGCCGAUUUUCAGAUUUCUGACGGCGAAGCGGGAAACGCCUUAGAUGAAGCUAAAGCAAAAUUUCCGAUUGAUACAAGCAACUUGAAAGGUGUCUCCAGCUCAGAUCUCGCCAUCAUCAACGCAGCUCGAGAGACCGCGGAGGCCGCUGAGACAGACGCUUUCAACGAUCAGAUCAAGGCUGCUAGCGGCUCCGCGGCAACGGCACUUCAGAAUGGCAAGAUCAAGAACAAGGUUUUGAAGCUGUUCUUGGAGGUGUCAGCCCUUCAGAUCCAACAAGCCCAAGGAAAGGACAACCAGGAUAAAAUCGACGAGGAACAAAAAAAGCUCAACAACAACAUUAGUUUGGAUGCAAAGGCGGCUGGCCAGACAAGCAAAUCAGUUGCCUUUACAGGGGAUGUUCAACCGAAGAACUAG